AUGUUCUUCUACUCUCUCAACCUCGGAUCCGAACCCAACUCCAAGUAUCUAGUCCCCCUCCUCGCCUCCAUCAUCACUGUCAUCAUUUUCGCCUAUGGCAUCUGGGGGAAAGCCAACCCCUACCUCAUGCCCACCUCUUCCCCGCGUUCCAGCCCCUGUACCCGAAGUGUGCGGCACUUUGGAACGGGUCUCUUGACUUUGCUAUGGUUGACUUCGACGCUUUUUUUUGCGACCAAUACCUUAGCCUUCGAGAGAGUGUAUUCGGGGUGGACGCUUCUGAUUGCGAUUUUGAUUGCUGUGGAGGCCAUUAGCUCAAGUCGGUUGGGGAGGGAGCAGAGGAGGAUUUUGAAGGAAGAGGAGAGACGGGUCGAGUUUGAGAAAGUUGCGGGGAAUUCGGGGUCGACUGUUGUUGCGGCCGCAACUGAUUUCAGGAAACAUAAGAACAACAGUCGAGAUUCGGGGCUGGGGUCCUUGGGGGACAACGAUAGGAGUAUGGACAACAACGGUGGUGGCGAGGACGAGUUGACGGGGGUCGAGAUUGUGCGUCCCGAGGCUAUUGACUUAGCGACGGCCAUCUACAACCAACAGAUCCUAUUCGAGUCUGCUCAACGACACUAUCAUCAACAAUACCAACAAUACCUCAUUCACCAACCCCACGAUGACAACGCCAGUGGUGAUAACAACGGAGGAGACGGAGAGCAGCUGGAAGGCAAGUACGAUGAUAUCUUGUUGGAGUCGUCCUACAAGUUUGAGAUCCCCAUGGAUGAGUCCUACAACAACAACACUGGAAAACCUUCGUCUUCAACACUUCCCGCUCGUCCAAGUUCCCUUUAUUCGUUAUCUUCCCCGUCCAGCAACGAAAAACUACACCUCCCCUCCGCACCUCCAGCAUCCUCACAUACAUACACAUACCCUUCCCCGCCAAGAGCGCCACAAGAACCAGCAACACCCACGUCCUUCUCCCCAUCCUUCUCUUUCUCUCCAUCAUCAUCAACCUCAACAACAAAGGAGGCACAGAGGAUGAGUGUACUAAAGAACGAGAUCUCACCGGUCGGGAUCCAGUUCAUGGAGGAAACCAAUCCGUUUGGGGACAAGGAUUACCAAGCUGCGACCGAGCUUUCGGCCACUGCACCUCCUUAUGAGCUCUCCUCGACAGAGUCGUCGUCGCCGUUUGUGCAACUCAACUUUGGGGAACAGAAUAGUGGUAGCGACCACGGCAGCCCAUUCAGCAACGAUGUCACCCAUAGCAGCUACAGCAACAACAGGGCAACAACGCCAACAUCAGCAACAGCACCGACAGCCAUGACAACGGCAGCGGCACCGACCACGAGGUGGGACGUAACGAAAGACCUACCACGACCCCAAUAA